UGCACCCCUGACUCGACCCAGCUGGCUACUCAGGUACACUCAGCCCACUCAUUUCUUAACUUUCCCAACUCACUUACCUCGACUUCUCUGAUAACUCUUUCUUUGGUCCUAUACCUUCUUCCAUUUCAUCUCUUUCAAACCUCCAAACCCACUCUCUCCGAUCCAACUCGUUCUCUGGCUCACUCCCUGUAUCUAUUACCAACCUUAAAUCUCUUGACUCGUUGGAACUUUCUCAUAAUUCUCUAACUGGGUUUCUUCCAAACUCAAUCAACUCGCUUUUGAAUUUGAGACGACUCGAUUUGAGUUACAACAAACUCACUGGGUCACUCCCACCAAACUUGCUUGAACUCGCUCUAAAGCACAAUUCUUUAUUUGGGUAUCUCUCAAACUCGUCUUUUGACGGGUUGACUAUCAGUUGGAAGGUGUGGAACUCAGCAAAUACUCAUUCACGGGGACACUACAAGCUUGGUUUUUUCUGUUGCCGUCACUUCAACAAGUUGACUUAGCCAAUAACAGCUUAACACGUGUUGAGGUUUGGAAGCCCACCGGUGGCAACAGCAACCUCGUGGCCAUUGAUUUGGGAUUCAACGGCAUUGAUCGGUACUUGCCUGUGAAUUUCGUUAGCUAUCCUCUGUUAGCGUCUCUGAAUAAUGAGUUCUGUCAAAGCUAAACCAGCCACGCAGUGCCACGUGGUGGCCAUGCCUUAUCCCGGCCGCGGCCACAUCAACCCCAUGAUGAACCUAUGCAAAACACUUGCUUCGAAAAACAGCAAUAUCCUCGUCACCUUCGUUGUCACCGAAGAAUGGCUCGGUUUCAUCGGCUCCGAUCCUAAGCCCGACAACAUUCGCUUCGGCACAAUUCCUAACGUUAUCCCAUCAGAGUUAGUCCGCGCUGCUGACGUUUACUCCUUCACCAAAGCUACCAGGACGAAGUUGGAAGCUCCAUUUGUGCGGCUCCUUGAUCAGCUUGAGCCUCCGGUUACAGUUAUCGUGGCUGAUACUUUUCUUUUCUGGGCAGUUGGAGUUGGGAACCGAAGGAAUAUUCCGGUGGCAUCGUUUUGGCCUAUGUCACAGUCCAUGUUCACCAUCAUGCAACAUGCGGAUCUUUUAGUCAAAAAUGGCCAUUUACCAGCUGACUCAGCAAAAUCCAAGGAGCAUGUAGAUUACAUCCCUGGAAUUUCUUCCAUACAAUUAGUGAAUAUUCCUUUUGAUUGGACAAACCAACAAACGAUGCAAAGGAUUCUCAAAGUUCUUCCAUGGGUAAACAAAGCACAAUUUCUCUUACUGACUUCCAUUUAUGAGCUCGAAUCCAAAGUAUUUGAUGUUCUAAAAGCAAAAUUCUCAUUCCCGGUAUAUGCUAUGGGUGAAAUCGUACCUAACAUUGAUUUUGGUGAAAACACAAACCACAAUGACAACAACUAUUUACAUUGGCUAGAUUGCCAACCUAGAAGUUCCGUUCUGUAUGUUUCAAUGGGAAGUUUUCUUUCAGUUUCUAUUGCCCAAAUGGAUGAAAUUGCAGUUGGUUUGCGUGAUAGUGGUGUUAGAUUCUUUUGGGUGGCGCGUGAUGAGACUAGCAAAUUGAAAGAGCUUUGUGGUCAUUUAGGAUUAGUAGUACCUUGGUGCAAUCAAUUGAGGGUCUUAUCUCAUUCUUCUGUUGGGGGCUUUUUGUCACAUUGUGGGUGGAGUUCCACUCGAGAAGGAAUGUUAUGUGGUCUUCCUUUUCUUACAUUUCCCAUAGUCUUUGAUCAAAUCUUGAAUAGUAAACUAAUUGUGGAAGAUUGGAAAACUGGGUGGAGGGUGAAGCAAGAUAUGGGAAUGGAUAAUUUGGUGACAAGAGUGGAAAUAUCAAGGCUAGUGCAGAAAUUUAUGAAUUUGGAAAAUGAUGAAGGGAAAGAAAUUAGGACAAGAGCAAGCGAAUUUCAAUGGAUGUGUCAACAUGCAAUUGCAAAAGGAGGAUCAUCUGAAACCAGCAUCAAUGCCUUCAUCCAGGACCUUUCACAUUGCAUGGUUAUUGAGUAGAAAGUAACUUUUUUGUUCUGCAUGACCACAAAAUGUCAUGCCUUCUUCACAGUUAUCUAUGGAGUUUUCAAGACCUUAAGCUUGAUAACAGUAAAAAAAAAAUUAAAAUAAUAAUGAGCCAAAUAGGUUGGACUUACAACUACU